AUGCCCUGGGAUAGCGACCAAGUUUGUCCAACGUCGGAGGGCAGCGCUAGUGGACCUCUGAACAUGGGUCGUGAAGGCCCUGUUGAAUGGGAUUUGAAACAUUACUCGGUAGACCCGUGCAGAGAAACAAAUGCCAGGAUGGAAGGCCGGAAGCUUAAGUCAGAAGACACGGUCCAGAGCUUGAGACAGGCCCGGCAUCCAGGCUUUUGGAAACCCAGCUCAGACGUAGUGAGGUCCAAGCCAGUUACAUCCAGGCGCACGUGGUCAACCAUACAAGAAGAAAAAGAUAUGUAUGAUAGCAUUGCCUAUUUGGUUCACGGCUCUGGAAGUAUCCGUCACAAACGCGUGUCAAGGCGUCGUGAAGCUAAGUCAAGAGGACCUGACAGCAAAAACAUAUGUGAGGGGCUGUGGAGGGUCCUGUGGGACUUAUCAGUAAACAGAUCAUGGUACGAAGAAAAGAGACAUGCAGAGCGGGAGAUGAUGAGCCUGCAAUCAAGCUUCAACGGCUCAGACGCCGAUCCCACCGCAAUCGAUUGGUCUCGGCCUGACAUUCUUGAGAUAUAA